CCCUACGGCCAUUUAUGCUCGCCGUCUCCUCCACCUUCUAGCAGUUCUGUGCUCCCGCCGCCGCCGCAAUCGUAUUUCUUCAGCUCGUGCCGGCGUAGCAUCUCUCUUGUCGGUGAGAUAAAAUGGGAGAGAGGAAGGUGCUUAACAAAUACUACCCACCGGAUUUUGAUCCAUCAAAGCUACCAAGGGUUCGUAGGCCCAAAAACCAGCAAAUCAAGGUCCGUAUGAUGCUUCCGAUGAGCAUCCGAUGCAAUACUUGUGGUAAUUACAUAUACAAGGGUACCAAGUUCAAUUCUCGCAAGGAGGACGUCGUUGGUGAGACAUAUUUGGGAAUUCAACUGUUUAGAUUCUACUUCAAGUGUACUAGAUGUUCUGCUGAACUCACCAUCAAGACAGACCCCCAAAACUCAGAUUAUAUUGUAGAGUCGGGAGCCACACGUAAUUUUGAACCGUGGCGUGAGGAGGAUGAAGUUUCAGAGAAAGAGAAACACAAAAGGAGUGCUGAAGAGAUGGGGGAUGCAAUGAAAUCUUUGGAGAAUAGAACCUUGGAUUCUAAACGCGAGAUGGACAUCCUUGCUGCUUUGGAUGAGAUGAAGUCUAUGAAGUCCAGACACGCAACUGUGAGUAUUGAUUCAAUGCUUUUGGCUUUGCAACAAACUGCUGCAGAAAAGGAAAAGAAGUUAGAAGAAGAGGAUGAAGCGUUGAUAAAAUCUAUAGUCUUCAACAACUCAAACAAUUAUGUUAAAAGAAUUUCAGAUGAUCAGUUUGAUGAUAGCAGUCCUUCUGAACAACCUUCAACCAACAAUGACAAAACAUCCAACAUUAAUGCUAAGAAGCAAAAGCUCUCUGAAGAAUCUCCACAUGAUGAUCCUACCACUACGACAAAAGAUGCUAUUCUUCAUAGCCUCACGGGUGAAGGAGGCGAUGGCAAUGGCGCCACAUCCGGUGAUGCUAAGUUGAUUUCUAAAUCCUUGUCAAUUAAGGUUUCCAUUAUUAAGAAACCAGAAUUGACUCCUCGGGUGGAGACCAAACAGAAGUUGGAAGUUCAAAUCGGGGACACGAACAAUGGACUAGAGUCAUUGUGCCAAAACUAUGGUAGUGAUGAGGAUUGAUAUAUUUUUAUAUCGGUUUAGGUCACAUUUUAAUCUUUACCAACGUUAUCUUGUAUUCUACCUAUUUUUAGCAAGUAAUAUUUUUCAAUCCACCAUUUCAAUUGGUGAUGCUUGUACAAACGUAAAGUUCUAUCAAUUGGCAAUGUUGCCUCUACAAAAGAAAAGAACCCAUGAAAAAGCCUUUGUUGGAUACGACG